AUGCGUUCUGCCAUCUCUUUGCUUUCCUUUUCGUCCCUCGCUCUUGCGAGCUGGACCCAGAAUUUGAACUACCGCAGUCCUUCUGAUCAUCAUCCUGGUCUCGGUAUCUCUCUUCACAAGGUCAACAAGCGUAAUGUCCCUGGUACUCAGUACACUGCUUCGCAGCUGAACUUUACCCAUGGCGUUGCUUCUGGUGACCCGUACUCUGACUCGGUCAUCUUGUGGACUCGUGUUGCUCCCAUGUUUGAUAGUGUCAACGACAACUCGACCGUCUCUGGUUACGUGCCGCUGUACAGCCACGGUGCCAACUUGACUGCCAGUACUGCUCCUGUCUGUGUUCAGUUCAAGGUUUCCAAGUCCUCAAACUUCACACAUGUUGAGAGCAGCGGUACUGUUUACACUUCCUCCGAUGUCGACUACACCGUCAAGGUCGAGGCCAAGAACCUGACUGCCUUCACUCGCUACUAUUACCAAUUCAACGUCUGCGGCUCCAACAAGACCAGUCCCCUUGGUCGCACCAAGACCGCCCCUGAUGCCAACGACUAUACUGCUGAGGUUGGACUUGCUGUCUACUCUUGCAGCAACUUCCCCUUCGGCUUCUUCAAUGCCUACGGAAACCCUGUGCGAAAGGACUCUGUAGACUACGUCAUCCAUCUCGGUGAUUACAUCUACGAGUACGCCGGCGAUGGUGAUUAUGGCUACGGCUACAGCAUCAACCGUAUCCCCAAGCCCGAACGCGUUAUUACCACCCUCUACGACUACCGCGAACGCCUCGCUACCUACCGUACCGAUCUCGAUCUCCUCGCUUCCCACCAAGCCUACCCUUGGAUCCCUGUUUGGGACGAUCAUGAGGUUUCAGACAACACAUACCGCGAUGGUGCUUCUGAGCUCAACAACACCGAGGCCUCCUUCGUCAGUGAUGGCGGUGUGUCGGUUGACCAGAGAAAGAUGAAUGCGGUCAGAGCAUACUUUGAGUGGAUGCCCAUCCGUCAAGUCGAGAUGGACGACAACCUCCGUAUCUGGAGAAGCUUCAGCAUUGGCAGUCUGUUUGACUUGGUCAUGCUUGAUACUCGUCAAUACGAUCGUUCCAUCACUGAUUUGUACUGGAACACCGACUACGUUCAUGACAUCAGCAACGAUGCUGGAAGAAGUAUGAUGGGCAGCAGACAGGAGAAUUGGUUCUACAACCAAUUGACUCAAUCUGCAAACCGUGGUGCUGCUUGGCGUAUCAUCGGCUCUCAGACUGUCUUCUCCCGCGUCAACGAAUCCGCCGCCUAUGGCAACACUAAUCCUUUGGACUACGAUGCGUGGGACGGCUAUAACGCAAAUAGGAACCGUACGCUCUCUCAUCUCUAUAAUAAUGGCAUCGGAAACAAUAUUGUCAUGUCCGGAGACUCUCACGCCUCAUGGGUAUCCGAUCUCGUCUGGCUAGACCACGCAAGCUACAACUCCACCUCUGGCAACAACAGCAUCGGUGUCGAGUUCGCCGGCUCCGCCGUGUCGUCGCCCUGCCCCUACGGUCAAAACAUCACACUCACCGCAGCAAACAACGCCUCAAACUGGUUGGUCCACGCCAACGAAGAGUUGCAAUGGCAAGACAUCUACUACCGCGGUUACUUCGAACUCCACAUCAACUACGACGAGGUCACGGCGAAUUACUUCGGCCUGCCUACCAUCAUCAACAGAAACCCUAAUGAGAUCUCACUCGCCAACUUUACUGUCAAGAGUGGAGCUAAUAAGUUGCAACGUCCUGUUGCUGGUGGCCUUGUUGAGAGUGGUGCUCUUAAGCUUGGGCAAGUUGUUCAGACUAAUGCUACUAAUAACACUGAGACUGGUGUUUGGUUUGUCAGUCAUGAGGAUGUCGAGGAUAUCUAA